AUGGCGCAGGACGAGAAGAAGCCCACCGCCGCUGAGAAGGGCAAGGGCAAGGCUGAGGAUGUUCCAGUUGCCAAUGGAGACAAGAGCACAGAGGCAGAGAAGGAUGAUGGCAAAAAGGCUCAGGGCAAGCCGGAAGAACAUCCUGAAGAAGAGCUGAGCGAGGAAGAUCAACAACUCAAAAGCGAACUCGAAAUGCUCGUCGAACGACUGAAGGAGGACGAUGCAAGUCUAUACAAGCCCGCUAUGGAUGCCAUCAAGAAUUUCAUCAAAACCUCGACUUCCUCGAUGACUGCCGUACCCAAACCCUUGAAGUUCCUCCGACCCCAUUACGAAGAGCUCACUGCUCUAUACGACAAAUGGCCUCCCAGCCCCGACAGAGACUCGCUGGCUGAUAUGUUGUCAGUGUUGGGGAUGACUUAUGGCGAUGAAGAGAAGCUUGAAACUCUGAAGUACAGAUUACUGUCCAAAUCAGACGAUCUGGGCUCCUGGGGCCACGAAUACAUCAGACACCUUGCGCUCGAGAUUGGUCAAGAAUAUCAAAACCGGCUGACCGAUGACCGAGAAGUUGGGGACCUGACAGAGCUUGCCUUGUCUUUGGUGCCUUACUUCCUGAGCCACAAUGCCGAGGCUGAUGCGGUGGACUUGCUCAGCGAACUGGAGAUGAUAGAAGAGAUUCCCCGAUUCUUGGAUGAGAACACAUACUCGCGAGUUUGUCUGUACAUGGUUUCCAUGGUCAACCUCCUCACCUACCCCGAGGACGUGUCUUUCCUCAAGACAGCACAUGACAUCUACAUCAAGUACAAGAAGUUGGCGCAGGCAAUGGUGCUCGCAAUCAGACUGAACGACCAUGAACUUAUCAGGCAAGAUCUGGAGUCAACAGACGAUGCGGCGCUGAAGAAGCAACUUGCGUUCCUCAUUGCUCGGCAAAGAAUAUCGUUAGAUGUGCCUUCCGAAACCGAAGACGAACAACAGAUCGCCGAGUGCUUGGGAAACACAAAAUUGCCAGAGCACUUCAAGACUCUUGCCAAAGAACUGAACAUUUUGGAACCCAAAGUGCCGGAAGACAUCUACAAAACACAUCUAGAGAGUGGGCGGGGGAGCACCGCUGCUGCAGACUCGGCGAAGCACAACCUUGCCAGCGCCUUCGUCAAUGCCUUUGUCAAUGCGGGCUUCGGCACUGACAAGCUGAUGCUGGUGGAAGGCGACCAGCGGCCAUGGGUGUGGAAGACAAAGGACGACGGAAUGCUGUCCACCACUGCAUCGCUGGGCAUGCUCAAGCAAUGGGACGUGGAAGGCGGUCUGGACAUCAUUGAUAGAUUCCAACAACUAUCAGAAGAACCCAUCAAAGCUGGAGCGUUGCUGGCAUAUGGUGUUGUCAACUCCGGCGUGCGGAUGGAGGGUGACCCUGUCAUCUCGCUGCUGAGUGAUGACGAUAUCCUCGAGAGAGGGAAGCCGUCGAUGCGUGUUGCCGCCAUCAUGGGUCUAGGCCUGUCGUAUGCCGGCUCAAAUAGGGAGGAUUUGCUGGACUAUCUGCUCCCUAUCGUUGAAGAUAGCUCGUUGGAAAUGCGACUCUCUGCCAUGGCCGCCGUCUCCCUUGGCAUGAUCUUCGUUGGCUCAUCCAACCACCAAGUGGCCGAAGCAAUCGCCACCCAACUCAUGGAUGAUGACCGACAGAAGCAGUUGAAGGACAAGUGGGCGAGAUUUAUGGCUUUAGGUCUGGCCCUGCUCUACUUUGGACGGCAAGAGGAGGUCGAUGUCAUCUUGGACAUUCUGAAAGCUAUCGACCACCCCAUGGCUAAGCCAACCGCGAUUCUUGCUUCUGUGUGCGCAUGGGCGGGAACAGGAGCCGUGCUCAAGCUGCAGGACCUGUUGCACAUUUGCAACGAUCACAUCGAAGACAAGGAAGAAGCGACAGGCGAGCAACUAGUCCAGUCCUACGCCGUCCUGGGCAUUGCCUUGAUUGCCAUGGGCGAAGAUGUGGGUCAGGAGAUGGUUCUUCGACAGUUCGGCCAUCUCAUGCAUUACGGAGAAGCCAACAUUCGGAAAGCGGUGCCGCUGGCGAUGGGUUUGAUCAGUCCCAGCAACCCUCAGAUGAAGAUCUAUGACACCUUGUCACGAUAUAGCCACGACAACGACAACGAUGUGGCCAUCAACGCCAUCUUUGCAAUGGGAUUGGUCGGUGCUGGCACCAACAACGCUCGUCUCGCGCAGUUGCUCAGACAGCUCGCUAGCUAUUAUCACCGCGACCAAAACUCCCUUUUCAUGGUGCGGAUUGCCCAAGGUCUUGUCCACAUGGGCAAGGGCACCAUGUCUCUGAAUCCGUUCCACACCGAUCGCCAAGUCUUGUCGAGAGUUGCUGCUGCGGGUCUCCUCACAGUGCUUGUGUCAUUGAUUGAUUCGAAACAAUUCAUUCUUGCCGAAGCUCACUACCUGCUUUACUUCCUUGUUACGGCGAUGUAUCCGCGAUUCCUGAUUACUUUGGACGAAGACCUGAAACCACUCACAGUCAAUGUCCGGGUUGGUCAAGCGGUGGACGUGGUCGGGGCUGCUGGCCGACCGAGGACGAUCACUGGUUGGCAGACCCAAAGUACGCCAGUCUUACUUGCAUACGGCGAGCGCGCUGAACUGGAGGAUGAGGAAUACAUUUGCUUGAGCAGCACCUUGGAGGGCUUGGUCAUUCUACGCAAGGUCAGUACUUACUAG